UGGGAUCUUUUUUAUUUUAAUUUCUGCUUAGGCACAAGACAAGAGGAAAGCACUCGAGGAGACCAAAGCCUACACGACCCAGUCCCUGGCGAGCGUGGCCUAUCAGAUCAACGCCUUAGCCAACAAUGUGCUGCAGCUGUUGGAUAUUCAGGCUUCACAGCUGCGCAGGAUGGAGUCCUCCAUCAACCACAUCUCUCAGACUGUGGACAUUCAUAAAGAAAAAGUGGCCAGACGAGAGAUCGGGAUCCUGACCACCAACAAAAACACAUCUCGAACCCACAAAAUCAUCGCCCCCGGCAACAUGGAGCGCCCCGUGCGCUACAUCAGGAAGCCCAUAGAUUACACCCUGCUGGAUGAUGUGGGUCACGGUGUUAAAUGGCUUAAAGCAAAGCAAGGGAAUAACCAGCCAGCUCGGGCAGGUGGAGGUGGAGGUGGAGGAACAUUAUCCAGGACUAACCCACCCACACAGAAGCCCCCGAGCCCACCCAUGGCAGGGAGAGGUACCCUGGGACGAAACACACCAUAUAAGACGCUGGAGCCAGUCAAACCUCCUGUGGUGCCUAAUGACUACAUGACCAGUCCAGCACGUCUGGGCAGCCAGAACAGCCCUGGACGCACGGCCUCGCUCAGUCAGAGACCCCGAACACACAGUGGCAGCAGUGGGGGCAGCGGCGGUCGAGAGAACAGCAGUAAUAGUAUGGGAAUACCUCUUGCUGUGCCGACUCCCUCCCCUCCCAGUAUGGCUCCAGUGGUUCCUCCAGGUCCAGGUUUGGGACCGAUCCCGAUGUCUCAGUUUGGAACAAUCUCCCGGCAGAUCUCCAGACACAAUUCCUCCACCACUUCUUCCUCCACCUCGAUGUUGUCAGCCACCGGCACCUACCGGCGCGCCCCUGCCAGCUCCUCCCAGUUCUCUGUGCCUCAACCCCACCUGAACGGGGGUCCCACAUACCCCCAGAACACAAUGUCUGUCGCUCCUCCACCUCCUCCUAUGGUGCAGCUCACGCCCCAGAUUCCUCUCACUGGCUUUGUGGCCAGAGUUCAGGAGAACAUAACAGACAGCCCCUCUCCACCCCCUCCUCCGCUACCUGAGGACACGCCCUUGUUUGAGGAAGCAGCUCCGCCCCCUCCACCUCCACCUGUGGAUUAUGAAGAAGACGACGCAGCUCUGGUGCACUACAAUGACCCCUAUGCUGAUGGAGAUCCUCACUGGGCCCCAAAAUCCUACAUAGAGAAGGUGGUGGCCAUCUAUGACUACACAAAGGACAAAGAUGAUGAGCUGUCUUUCAUGGAGGGCGCCAUCAUCUACAUCAUCAAGAAAAACGAUGACGGCUGGUUCGAGGGCGUGUCUAAUGGGGUGACCGGACUGUUUCCUGGCAACUACGUUGAAUCCAUCAUGCACUAUGCUGACUAAUGCUAAAUCCCAGAGACAUCAUACAAUGCAGCCAAUCAGUUACAAACUAAGUGCAUUAGGAUAUGACUGAAUGUUUGUUUUUGUCCAAUCGCUAAUGUAUCCAAGCAUCUGCAGUGCUCAAGGUUUGAGGAGACGGGGCUCGUACUGCCUCUACAAAGAAUAUAAGUCGCACUACUUUCUGGUUAGGUUGCCUCAUACAUUUUGUACAUAUAUUACAGUACGACGUUGCCUGUAGGCUGUUGCUAGUGUUUGUUUUUGUGUACGUGUUUUGUCAUUGUAUAGACACCCGUAUUUGCUCCCUCCCCUAAAAUAUUGUUUUUUUUUUAACUAAACGGUCAAGCUCUUCCAUUAUGUGAGGAAGAAAUAUCUGAAUGUCAUUUCUGGAAUAUUAUUAUGCCUGGAAAAUAAUUAGGCAACAAUAUAAAAAUGACAUUUAUGUCUUUACCUACAUUUCGCCUUCGGGAUUUGCUAAUAAUCUUACCUCAUGGCUGUACGGUGAGGGAAAAGACUGAUGCAGUGAUGAUUUUCCUGCAUAUCGGACUAACUUCACGAACCCGUCAAAAACAAGUCCACACUUUAUAUAUUUCACCCUAAAACAGAAAAAGAAAUUCACAGACAAUGAUGCCUGUUUUUUGCAUUACGGCAUUAUUUUCAUGAUAAUUGAGCACAUUUUCCCCAAAAUACUACUAAUCAUAAUUCAAAAGAAAUCUCAUCCUCAUUGCUGUAGUGUGACGAUAUAAUAUAUUAUUUAAAUGGUUUGUAUGCAUUAUGGUAGUCUUUCUUGUAUUGCAAUUAAUUUAUGCUGAUUUAAGUGUGAAAAAAUGUAUUACAUUGAUGAAAAUCAAUAAUGGGAAUUCUAUAUAAAAAAAAUAAUAAUAGUAAUAAAACGCCUACAUUACAUGCAAAAAUUCUUGAUGGUCCUACAGGCUUCGUUUCCUUUAUGCAAAACAGUUACGUUUUCUUCUUUUGUGACCUAGACAUGUUUUUCUGAGAGUCACCCAUGUGCUGCGAGUUUAAACUGUGCCAAGCUGAUCUUUGAUGGUGUUUUUGUUGAAACUGCUGAAGUGUUGUGAACUUUCUGAUGUUGCACUGAGCGGGCGACACUGGCUCACUAGCUGAACCAGUCUCUAGCAUUGCCCACAGAUUCCAAUUGGUUUCAUAAUGUAGCAGAAAUCAGUUUCAGUCAUUGUAGAUUUCAUGUUGGGGGACCAUGCAAAGCUGAAUUUGUCAAGGUUUUGACCAGUUCACAAGUUUUGCUGAAUUUAGAUGAUAAUCCAUAGUUUAGUGUAUAGUACUGAUGAAUGUGAGCUCAUAACUGUUAGCAUGGCACAAACAUGAUGAUGAUUCUGGUUGCUGGUUUUUAGAAGUGUCUCAAACUGCUGUUGAAGGCGUGCAGUGUUUUAAUUUAUUGAAUCAAAUGAAAUAUCUGUGUGGAUGUAACUCACAUAGAGCUGUCUGAACAAUGACCAAUUAAUGUUAAGCAUUGCAAGGCCUUGUCAUAUGAUGUGCAAGUGAUCUGUAAUUUAAAUGUUCCUUUGCAGGAUAUCUGCAAAUAAUAUAAUCUCUAUUACCAUUUUGUAUAUAUAAUCUGUUUUUCUUUUUAUGUACAGUCUCUUUUUAUAAUAAAGCACUCUCCUGUGCAA